AUGAACUCGAAAGAUUCGAAAAAGGACGAGAAAGACGAUAAAGAAUCGAAAAAGGACGAGAAAGAUGAUAAAGAUUCGAAAAAGGACGAGAAAGAUGAUAAAGAUUCGAAAAAGGAUGGAAAAGAUGAUAAAGAUUCGAAAAAAGAUAAGAAAGACGACAAAGAUUCUUCAAAAAAUGAUGACGAUGGGAAAAUGAAAAAACGUGAUGAUAAAUCUGAUAAUGAAGAUAAAAGUGACAAGAAGUCAGAAGAUAAAUCUAACAAGAAGUCAAAAGACAAGAAAAAUAAGAAAACAAAAGAUGAUUCCGAUGAUGAUAGCGAUGAAGAAGAUUGA